CUUCCCUCUCCCCUACCUUACCGCACCCCCUUUACUUUGGUAAUACUUUCAGACGACGCCAGCCUUGAACAUUGUAUUACCUGCCUGGUAGCAGCAUUUCUUGAAUAAUUCUUGCCCGCUUACCAGAGCAAUACUUACCGUUGCUCACUUGCCCCUCACCUCCACUGGCUUCUCCAGUCUUUCAGAGCAUUGCGCCACCAUUGCCUGCGUCUCGUCUGGGCUGGUCGCCAAACAGAACAAAGCACAUUCGGCAUCUUUCUCUUCCUGUGUUUCACGGGACUCUUCUUCAGCUCUUGUCCAAAACUUCCAUAACCCCAACGCCUCGGGACCUCGACAGACCAGAUCUAGCUACAUUUGUCGAAUAGACAUGUGUUAAGCAGGUCUCUUAUUUGAUCCCGACUCCUUUGAGGUCAGCAGGUUUCUGCAGGAGCUUUGGGCACCGAAUACGUACCCUACGAUUCACCAUUGCCGCCGUCGGAGCUUUGCCAUCGUAAAAGAGCAAAAAGUAACAGGCCGUCUUGGCCACACUGUCUUCACUUGGACACACCAAGACCUGAAGAAGAGGGGGAAAACCCUUCUUACUCUCAAGCAGCGACCCUGAUCGCCAAAUUGGGCUCGCGCCUAGUCGACAGCUGCCGGUAGCGACCACUGUUCUUGCUCCUGUCAUCACAUUAGAAAAUCCAGCGAGUGCCCGCUGGUUCGAUUGACCUUGCCGUCGUUGGAACUCUCGAAACAGCGCCGGUCCCUCCUUCCCCCGGGCCGACUCCCCUUCCAUCGCCAGACAAAGACACGACAUCCAUCACUUAGCCACCGGCAUCGUUUCAUCAGCCACUUGCCAACUUUCUAUCGUGUUUUUUUUUUACAAACAUCUUACCGCCGCUUCCAGCGCGACUACUGCCCCGUCGUAACCGCACUGUCCGUCGACAAUGCUCAACAUGUCUGGCAGUCACAUCGCGGGAAACCGCAAUAGCACCCCAGAGGCGAACACUACGCCCUCCCUCCGACCACCCUCCUCAAGAGCUAUUGGUACCAACAGUCACCUCAGGGCGUCUGCCGACAUGGCCGCACUCUCAAACUCGUCGCCCUCGAGCCGCAUCCGCCCCUCGUCCGACUUUUACGGUUCCCAGCAGGGCCAGGGUCACGGCAAUCCAGACACGGAUCCUCAAGAUAAGAUUGCGCAACAGUGGAUUGCCGAUAUUGACCAGUAUGAGACGACAUUGGAAGAAAUGGCCGCGGCCACUCUGGACCAGGACUUCAAGGAUGAGUUGAGCGCCAUUGAGCAGUGGUUCAGAGUUCUCAGCGAGGCCGAGCGCACUGCUGCUCUUUAUGCCUUGCUGCAACAGACUACCCAGGUUCAAAUUCGCUUCUUCAUCCAGGUCUUGCAACAGAUGGGCAAGAAUCACCCCAUGUCGGGCGUUCUGUCCCCAGCCAAUUUCGACAAAGACCCCAUGUCGAACCGCCUCAGCGAUGCUAUGAACAAGUUAAACGUCGACUCGUCGCGGAACUCUCUUGCUCGCCCCGCGAGCACUGCGACCGGCAAGCGGCAAUCUGGUCUCGACCCGUCCACCAUUAACGCCAUGUUCCCGGAUGCCGCUGCAGCCAUUGCUACCGAGAAAGCCAAGUUUACGCAACAGACCGGCAACCCUCCCUCAUCUAACCGUAACAGCGCCGUGGGUGAUUCCCGCCAACCCCUGGCUGCCCCGACCAUUGCCACCCCUGGUGACAACCACGAUUCCAAUAACCAGAACCAGUCAGGUCAGGGAUCCAAACCCCACGGUGGCCAGCCACCCAUGGGCCAAUUCGUUCAGCCGCCCCCGUCAGCUGGUUUGCGAUCCCCUCGUCCGCAAAUUUCGGGCAAUCAGAACAUUCAGAACACCACUUUGACAACCAGUGACAAGCCUGUAGACCUGCCCCUCCUCUCCCCUUACAACCCCAGUGGUGGCAACUGGGCUUCGAUGGUCAACACUCCGCUUGUAGCUAACUUCAACGCCAGCAACAGCGGCACGCAGGCGGACAUGGUCGCAAACGCUACAGCAAUGAAGUUGGCGGCAUUGUCAACUGUCAACAACCGCUUUGCCCUUGAUGAUGUCCGCAAGUAUCGCCGUGCCCGUUCCAACGACGCUCCGGGCGCUCCCGGCCAGCAAGGGAUGCCCCAGAACAAUCAGGGCGUCAAUUUCCCCGGUGCCAAUGUCGUCAUGAUCAACGAGCAUGGUCAGGUUCUCAGCCGCGAGCAGAUGCUUGCUCUGCAGGCUCAGAACAUCGGCUUUGGCCAGCAUCGGUCUAGGCCCAGUUCCCCUGGCAUCGCAAUGCAGCCCGGCGGCGGCUUUGGGCCUAUGGCUUUUGCAUCGCCUCAAAACAACGGUUUUCUGAGUGCCUACGACGGCGCUUCUCCACUCCUCAACAGCGGUAUUCCUUCCGUGAAUGUGGGCCAGUUGGGCAUGGGCAACCAUGAGGGCUAUUUGUCGGAUCACUCUGACAUGGUUCGCGGCCGCUCCCCCCGUGGACGGAGAGGCAGCUCAAAGCCGCCUGAAGAUCCAACGGACCCAACCUUGUUGCAGGAUAUCCCAAGCUGGCUGAGAAGCUUGCGGUUGCACAAGUACACUGAGAACCUGAAGGACAUGAAGUGGCAUGAGUUGAUCGAGCUUGAUGACAAGGCCCUGGAAGACCGUGGGGUCAACGCUCUUGGAGCUAGGCGGAAGAUGCUGAAGGUUUUUGAGCAAGUCAAGGAGGCCAAGGCUGAAGGCAAAAUUGCUUGAGAUCGGUUCUUCAAACCGACGCCAAGGGAUAUCGGGUGUUCGUAAUGUACCCACUGUAUCAGUCAUACGGGGCACGCAUGGACCCCGGGUGGCUGUUGAUGAGUGGAUGGGAAGAAUUAGCGGGAUGGACAGUUGGAAACUGCGGGGUGUUUACUCGUGAUGAAGUAAAACGGUAAGAAAAGGAUGCAGAGGGUUGGUUUGGACUCGUUUCGUGCUUCUGUACAUAUA